AUGAGCGCCGCUGCUGCCGACACCACCCACGCCUCCGCCACCUGCAGCUGGGCGCAGCUCCACUCGCUCUUUCUUCUAGCUGCUGAGGACGAGGAGGAUGAGGAGGACGAGGAGGACGAGGAGGCACGAGAGCAGCGCUUGAGGCGGGCUAGGGUGACGGGGAGGAGGAGAGGCGCGCGGGAGGGGUGGAAGCUAGCGGCCACAGCAGCUGCGUUCUCGGGCUCAAACGCAGCCACUGUGAAGGAUGACUCGGGAGAGAGCGAGGAAGGAGAGGAGGAAGAGGGGGAGGAGGAGGAAGAAGAGGAGGGAGAGGAGGAAGAGGGGGAGGAGGAGGAAGAAGAGGAGGGAGAGGAGGAAGAGGGGGAGGAGGAGGAAGAAGAGGAGGGAGAGGAGGAAGAAGGAGAGGAGGAGCCUGCACGGAGGUACCGCCAGGCGAGAGUGCGAAUGGUGCAGUUCAGAAGGGGAUCAUUUGCGCAGCCACCACAAGUCCCUGUCGCUGCUUCUGCUGCUCGUGCGUCUUCCCCUGAUGCUGCUGCUGCAUCUCCUGCGCCUGUUUCUUCUCCAGCUCCCCCUGCGCCCCCUGCGCCUGGUGCAGCAGCAGCUCCCCUCUCGAGGUACACAGCGGUGGAGCGGGGGAGGGCGGAGAGCGCGGAGGCGGGUUGGGCGCGCAUGAUGGCCGCCACGCCUGCUGACGGCCGCACCCCGCCAAGGCAGGCCGCUUCCAGCCGCCGCGCAGUGCAGAUUUCCUGA